AUGCUGGUCAAUGUACGGCUCCAGCCUUACCGGCUCGUCGUGUCCCUGGGUGUCUUCAUCUUAGUUACACUUGCUCUCUACGGUCUCUCAGGUCGCUCGCGGCCGAUCUCACCCGCGGGUGCUGAACAUGACAGGACAGCUGGAUUAUCUGGAGCUGUGAGCCACAAUGGCUCGAGCACAGAACUGCUCGAAGCUGACCGAUUUGCCUGGCCGUUCGAGUAUAGCACGGCAUCGAACCAGUCAUCGUUUUGCGAGGAACGCUUUGGAUUCGGCUAUCUCGACAACUUCAGUCAACGGUCUGCUGAAUACUGUACCGCUGAAUCCGCCUCGCACAUGACUUGUUUCAGUAGCAUCACCGAGACCAAGACCCGACGCAAAGAUGCCUUCUGCAUCGCUGGUCCCGUCACCUUCGACGUCGACCAACACAAGUUCGUGCUGGACUGCAGCCUCCGUGACCUGUCACUCGACGAACUGAACAGCGGCUUGCCGCGGUUCACCAACCUCCCGGCUUACUGGUACUCCACGGGCCCAAAGUACAUUUUCAACACCGCCGUGGGCUUUGCCACGAUGCUGGGCGCGACCCCUCCGAGUACUAUCAAGGCUCCCUCAGUGACUAUCGUCCUCAAGCGGGAAGACGAGUACAAAAACAUCUGGCACGCCCUGCUGGAGAUCUUCGCUACCUUCAUGACCUUGGACAUCCUCCGCAUGGCACACAAUCCAGCCACUAAAGCUCCCUAUAUUCAACCUUCCGAUUUCUCUAACACCCAAAUGCUCCUUCUAGAUCACCUCCCCGACGGCCCGUACUCUGAGCUAUGGCAUCUCUUUGCCCAGAAGCCGAUCCUAAGGCUGAGCGACAUCACAAGCUCUUCCCAACUUGAGCCAGGAAACAUCAUAGUGCCUCUGGCGGGGGGAGGAAACCCCUUCUGGCAGGGCGACUGGAACUCGCUCGGCUGUACCGACUCUCCUCUGCUGCGCGCAUUCUCGCGGCGGGUGUUGAGUUAUUACCAAAUCCAUGACCCACCCAAACAGCCCGAUGACCCGCUUGUCAUCACCUACAUCGAUCGCACGACUAAACGGCGGCUGGUUGACCAAGCCCAGCUGCUCGACGCCUUGCGUCUCCGCUUCCCCACCAUCCAGCUCAACGUAGUAGACUUCGCGCAGCUGCCCUUCGCCCAUCAGCUCGCCGUCGACCGGUCGACUGAUAUCCUUGUCGGCGUGCACGGCGCGGGGUUGACGCAUGGCAUGUUCCUCCCGCGGGGCUCGGCCCUCGUCGAGAUCCUGCCCUUCGGGCUCAAGCAUAAAGGCUUCCUCAACAUGGCGGCCAUGCUGGGCCACUCGCAUUUCAGCGCCGAAUCAAUCGAUGACCGUACCCAAACCAGCGCCCACGGUGACUGGCAAGCUGAUGACGUAUAUAUCCCACAGGAGGCAUUUCUGGAGCUGGUUGAGCAAGCCAUAAAGAAGAAGAUGGAGUCGUGA